UGUGGAUAGAAGAGAUAAGGGGAGGGGCCGCGCGACAUGGAUUCUCCUUCCAGGGAUGGAAUCUUGGAGAUUCACUUGUAGGGCAUCGCUAGGGUUCUUCGCUUAGGCGGCAUUGCUUGAGAUGAGCCAGGGCAUGCCGUGUUUGCGCUCGUCUAAUCAGCUCUAUGCUCGGCCAGCGCCCACCCAUGAUCGGAUAGCGAGGAGCCAUCGAAAUCUCUCGCCAGGUACCUGUAGGAAGGUCCUAGUGCUAGAAUCUAGCAGCAGCAGCAGGGAUUAUGGAGGAGCAGUGGUGGUCUCGAUCUCUAGCCGCCGCUGGAGCUGCUGGAAUGGCCAGAGGAUCCGAGAAUUGGUUGCCAGAUCGUCGUCGUCGCUGGAGGGGGAGCUCCACGGCAGCAGCGAAGCCGCGGAGGGGGAUAUUUCGCUCAAGAAACCGGUGAAUGGGGGAUUUCAAGGCAUGGCCGAGGCGUUUGGGAUCUCGCCAAGGACGGCCACGGCAAUCACUCUGGGCAUCUCGGUGGCUGCGCUCGUCGCUCCCUCCUUCAUGCGUCCAUUCCUCCUCGCCACCACGACGAAGGCCAAAGCUCUCACCCUCAUCACGCUGCUGUGUGGCUUCUACAUGGCCUGGAACAUUGGCGCCAACGACGUCGCCAACGCCAUGGGCACCUCGGUUGGAUCCGGCGCUCUCACUCUCCGCCAGGCCGUGCUCACCGCCUCCAUCCUCGAGUUCGCCGGGGCUUUUAUGGUUGGCUCUCACGUAAGCGAAACCAUGCAGAAGAUCUUGGUGCCCGGGACGUUUGCUGGGAACGAUAGCUUGCUCUUUUCUGGGAUGCUCUCAUCUCUCGCCGCCGCUGGCUCCUGGCUCCAAGUUGCCUCCUACUGUGGCUGGCCGGUGUCGACGACGCACUGCAUCAUCGGCUCGCUUGUCGGGUUUGGACUCGUCUAUGGUGGCGUGAAUGCGGUUUACUGGAAGUCCCUGGCUCGCGUCGUCUCCUCGUGGAUUAUCUCGCCGCUUUUGGGAGGCUUGGUCUCUUACGGUGUCUACAAGUGCAUCAGAACGUUCGUGUAUAGCGCACCACAUCCGGGUGUAGCAGCAGCACGAGCAGCUCCCAUCGCUGUGUUUGUGGGAGUUUUAGCCUUCUCUGUCACGGCUUUACCCGUCCACGGCAGCUCUCUCGUGAUGGCAGCGGAAGCCAUUGGUCUCGGAGCUUUGGGAGCUGUUAUCAUCAACUUGAUCAUUCGUCGGCAACUCGGUGGUCUCAUCGGCGAGUUCUGCGAUAUCCCCGUCAAAGAGAGCUCCGCAGGUGGAGCACCAGCGGCAGCGUCACUCCGGAAGAUCAGCUUCACGGACAGGAUUGAAGGUCCCACGGGAACACAGCUCCAGAUCGUCUACACCGUCUUUGGCUACCUCCAAGUCCUGUCAGCGUGCUUCAUGUCGUUCGCUCACGGAGCCAACGACGUCGCCAACGCAAUCGGCCCGAUCUCUGGAGCUCUGGCAAUUCUCCACGGCUCCAAGGCAGUGACCGCGGCGGUGUCGACACAGGUGCUUGCGUGGGGUGGCUUUGGGAUCGUGGCCGGCCUGCUGGUGUGGGGAUACAGAGUUAUCGCGACCAUCGGCAACAAGAUCACGGAGCUGACUCCUACGAGAGGAUUCGCGGCGGAGUUUGCCGCUGCCAGUGUCGUGGUAGGAGCAUCGAGGCUGGGACUCCCAAUCUCCGCGACUCACACUCUGGUCGGCGCUGUCAUGGGUGUUGGAUUCGCUAGAGGACUCAACAGUGUCCGCGGCGAGACAGUCCGGGAGAUCGUCGCUUCGUGGGUGGUGACGAUCCCGGUUGGAGCUCUCCUCACCGUGCUCUACACGAGUUUGUUCCGGCUCCUCGUUCCUUCCCUGGCGUGAGUGGGCGAUCGAAGGGAAGAGAAAGUAAGGUGGAAGAAGAACUCCAGAGAACUCGGAAGAACAUAGCGAUGGAAUGGAAGAAUAACUCCGAAGAACCUUUUGUCAGGAAUAUUUACAUUGAAUUUAUACUAUGUAUAUUUACAAAUCAAGCGAUGAUCUUUGGUGA